AUGAACUUCCAAGCCGCACCGAACAGCGGCGGGCAUGGCGACGCCGGAGGUUUGGCGCGUGCUGCCUUCACCCCGACCCCUAUCGUCGACAUUGAGUCCAACGAUGUGACGCGAAGCGAGAUGGUGCAGAUUAUCUUGGCGUGGCUCAUCGAGGAGGGCUUUACGUCCUCCGCGCAGAUCCUGCGGGAGGAGGCGACCUGCCAGUUCCGCGGGGAGCACUACUUGCGCAAGACCUUGCGCGGGCUGAGCCGCGCCAUUGAGGAGAGCAGCUGGGAAAGUGCGCAGAAGAGCCUCAAGAAGCUGCAAACAAAGGCGGUCACAAAGAGUGGCCUGAGACCGGAGGGGUCGUCGCCGGCAGCCUUGCUGGUGCGCUCGCUGCCGUUCCUGCUGGCUCAGCAGCAGUACAUGGAACUAGUAGAGGAGGACAACGAUCAGCGCACCUUCACCUUCUUCAUGCGCAGCAUUAAACCCUUCGAACGCUCCAUCAGCCGCGAGCACUUCCAGAAGCUCACAUACCUGCUGACAUGUAAGACUGUGGCGGAGAGUAGCAACGUGUACCCGGAAUACCGCGGCUGGACUGCCGAGCUAGGACGCGCACAGCUCUUGCAGCACAUCCGCACGCAGGUAGGAAGCGUCGAUUACUCAAACUACUGCCGGCAUGGCAACGUCUGCAUGCCGCCGCCAGUGGAGCUGACGCGACCGCUUCGCACCAUCUUUCAGCAGUCCUUUUCCUACGAGCUCGUGUCCCGCCAACACCCGGACCUUGUGCGGCGCCUUCAGCGCACCACCAUUACUUCCCUUUCUGCCCCACUUGAGGCGCAGCUGCCCGCCACGGAGCCCUUUCUCUCCAUCGACGCCAGCGCCCUUGUGCGGAGCACCUUUUCUGCCCUGGCGCCUGGCGAUGCACGACAGUGUGUGAAGCUGACUGCGUGUCAGCCCUUUCUCAGUCACAGCGCUGUCGUGGCAGCGACGGACACCGGGGCGGUGCUGUGGAUCCCCACUGGACCUCUGAGCGGCAGCGACGUCGCAGCACCCUCGUCGGAGGCCUGCGCGGCGGACAAGGCACAGCUACUGUACCAGCACAAGCAUCCUAUACGCGACUUGAGGCGCAACGGCACAAAGCUGCUGUGCUGGGGCAGCUGUGAGACUCUCGUGCUGAGCGUGCAGUCUCUUCUGGACAGCGGCAGCGUGGCGCAGGCGAUUGACUGCGUCGCUUGUGUCUUGACACACGCCGCUGACGUGUACGCCGGCUGCUUCUUCCCAUGCGGGACCCUCGCCGUGACCGGGCUUUCCGAAGGCACUGUCUGUGUGUGGGACCUAAACACCGGCACAAAGAUGUAUGAGCACCUCUUUAGUAACUACGGCGUCGUCUCCCUUGUCAUGAACCGCACAGGCACCAGCUACUUCGCCGCGUCCAAGGAUGGCACCAUUCGAGUCGUGGACGUGGCCACCGGCGUCCUGACGGCGUCGCUCGUGUCGCCCAUCGCGAUGGAGAUUUGCUCCUUGGCGGUGUCGCCCUCCUCGACCUUCCUCUUGGCAUCCUACCGCGGAGGUCUGAUGCGCAUGUGGGACGUCCUUACGGGUGCGCUGCUGCCGUAUCGCUUCACCGGCACUGAGAACAACACCAAAGCGCGCUCACCCACGUCGUUUGGCCACACCGACGCGGAGCUCUUCAGUGGUGGGGAGGACGGGUGUCUCUACUUUUGGAAUCUUCGCUCUCGCGACUGCGCGACAAAGCCCGUCAUCCCCGCGCGCGCGGCUGAGGCGCCCCGUAGCGGCAACCUCUACCUCUCCCAGGCGAGCAUCAACGGCAAUCUCGUCCACUAUGCUGCGCAGCUGCCGCUGCACCGUUUGCCCAUCACGGACGUCAAGGUGGAGGGAUCCUACGAGGUGAGUUGUGGGGAGGACGGCAUGAUUGUCUUGUGCACCACAUGCGCCAGCGCGCGCGCUUAG